UGCUCAUCUCUUAUGUGUUCAUGAACUUCAAGAACAUUUCCUUUUUGGGUUUGCAUUUAAUUGACUUUUGUAUGUAUGAAUGAUGAGUUUCCAAAGAUAUUGUUCCUAAUCUUACUCGAACAAGAAUUAGUUUUAUCCCCUCAUAAUAGAUGCAAAUGGCAUAUGGGUGCCCCUAUGGCCCUACCCAUGACAAUGAACAUGGGGACAGCUAAUUAAUGGAUGCCUUCUUUGACAAUAAUCUCACGACCUCUUUUUUUGACUCGCUCAUCCUUUUGGUUGAAUCCAUGUCAAUCCCUCAUUUAUUCCUCUACUGUAGCUUAUGAACAAUUCUUUGCUUUUCCCAGUUUCGUCCUCUUCAAAAUUCUCUCCCGCUUCCGAUCCAAACAGUUCUUUUGAUCAUGUCUUCUUCUUUUUCUUCUUCACGCAGUUUCUUCUGCGCUGUAUUUUCAAUUCUAAUCUCCAUUUCCAUCUCAGUCACGGCUACAGAGUUCGUCUUCAACACCAAUUUCACUUCCACUAAUACUUUGCUCUUCGGCAACGCCACAAUUGAGUCUUCUGUUCUUAUUCUCACUAGAGAUACCCCUUUCUCCAUCGGCCGUGCCCUUUACCCCUUUAAGAUUCCCAUCUUUUCCUCCAAUUCUUCAUUUUCCUUUGCAACUUCUUUCAUCUUUUCUGUCACCCCUCAGCCAAAUCUUCUCCCCGGCCAUGGAUUUGCCUUUCUCUUCACACCCUCUACUGGAAUCAAUGGCACCAGCUCGGCUCAGCAUUUGGGGCUUUUCAAUUUCACCAAUAAUGGCAGCCCCAAUAACCAUGUCUUCGCUGUUGAGUUCGACACUUUCCAAAAUCAAGAGUUCAAUGACACCAAUGAUAACCAUGUGGGCGUGGAUUUGAAUUCUCUCCAGUCCACCGUUUCCGCUGCAGCAGGGUUUUGGAGUGGACCAGAUGAUGGAGAAUUCAAGCAGCUGGAGAUCAAUAAUGGAGAAACUUAUCAGGUUUGGAUUGAAUGUCUAGAUUCUUUGCUUAAUAUUACAAUGGCUGAAGUGGGAGUGAAAAAACCUAGAAAGCCAUUGAUUUCUCUGUCUGUUAAUUUUUCUGGAUUGCUUUUGGAUAAGAUGUAUGUGGGAUUUACAGCAGCCACAGGGCAAUUAGUUCAAAGCCAUAAGAUAUUAUCUUGGAGCUUUAGUUCCACUAACUUUUCUAUUGCUGAUGCUUUAGUGAUAACGAAUUUGCCAUCUUUUGCUCCUCAAAAGCUGGGCUCCAUUUUCGAGUCGAUAUCUUUCAUAUUGGGGAUAACUGUGGGUGGUGCUGGACUUGUAAUUCUAUGUAGUGUUGUUGUUGUAAUUACCAAAAGAAGGGGACGAAAGAAACCAAAGGAUGAUGAAAUUGAAGAGUGGGAGUUAGAAUAUUGGCCGCAUCGGUUUGCUUAUGAAGAUGUUUAUGAAGCAACUGAGGGGUUCUCAGAAGGCAAUGUGAUUGGGUUUGGGCGCAACGGGAAGGUCUAUAAAGGGACCUUAGGGAGAUCAAAAGUUGCUGUGAAGAGAAUCUGUGUUGAAGGUGAGAGUGGGAUGAGGGAGUUUGUGGCUGAGAUUUCAAGCCUGGGAAGAUUACAGCAUAGAAAUCUUGUGAAGCUUAUAGGAUGGUGUAAGAAGGAGAAAGGAAGCUUAAUCUUAAUGUAUGAUUACAUGGAAAAUGGAAGUCUAGACAAGAAGCUAUUCGAGUGUGAUGAGAAUGCAAUGCUGAGUUGGGGGGAAAGGAUGAAGGUUUUGAGAGAUGUAGCCACUGGGCUGCUAUAUCUGCACCAAGGUUGGGAUUACAAGGUUCUACAUAGAGAUAUAAAGCCCAACAACGUGCUACUCGACAAGGACAUGAAUGCAAAGUUAGGAGACUUUGGGUUGGCUCGAAUGCAACCCCAUGAGAAAACGGCAGACACAACUCAAGUGAUGGGAACCGUUGGGUAUAUGGCACCAGAGGUGGUUCGAACAGGUCGAGUAUCGGCACAGGCAGACGUUUUUGGGUUCGGGGUGUUGGUUUUGGAGGUGGUUUGUGGGAGGAGAGCAAUAGAAGAGGGGAAGCCAUGGUUGAUAGAUUGGGUAAUGGAGAGGAAUGAGGUUGGAUUUGUAGUUGAUGAGAGAUUGAAAGUUGGUGGGAAUGAGAUUGAUGAAAUGGAGAGAAUGGUUUGUUUGGGGUUAUUGUGUGCGCAGCCUGAGGCUGGUUCAAGGCCAACAAUGCAACAAGUUGUGAGCAUUUUGUGCGAGGGAAAUGGAAACGGAAAUGGUUCAAAUGAUGGAUUGUUGAACAGAUUAAGAUCAACAAGAACACUGUCUGAGAUUUAUGGAGGCAACCAUUGCCAGCAGCAUCCAACGUUUGAACAAAUCAAAACAUCUUCCUCUUCAACAUCGCUCGUUGAUUCGGAUAUUUUAAGGAUUGGCCGCUAGUAGAAGUUUGAUUGUUUAGAUGCAAGUUGGUUUUGUAAAUUCUGUAUAAAUGCUGUCUUUAAUUCAUCUUAUUAUUUUACUUAAUUGUUACAUUUUUAAAUA